AUGGGCAAGCACGACAUGAAGCGCGGCAUUUCCCAGCGAUCCUCGGAUGCCGGUGCUUCAACAAAUUUAGUUGGCAAAUUUACACAAAGCGUCAGACGAAUAGUGCAAGAUGUGAAGGAUGAAGGUUCGCCGAGUGGUAUGAGCCGUGAAGAACUGAUCGAGACGAACGAACGGCUCCGAGCGGUUCGUAUCCGAUUGGAGGAAUCGUACGAUACCGCCAAGAAGGCACUGGUCAACCUGAUGAACAAAUAUGGCGACUCCAAGAGCCAGCGCAACAUCUUCAACCGCUAUCCGAUGCUGAAGCUCAUGAUUAAGGAUGUGAUCCGGUUGGAAACGCAGUACUGGACCCUGGUCGAGAUCCCGAAGCAGGAGAAGCUAGAAACUGUUCCGGCCUUCGUACUGCGUGCCUGUAGCAUUAUGGAGAAAUCGCAAAAAUCGGGCGAAGGUGUGAAGACGUCCGCCAAGCUGGCAGAGGAGGCGGCCGAACGGCGCGAACGAAUGGAGCGACUCGAAACUAUGACCACGGCACAGAUCGAGCAGGAAAACACGCAGAUGAUAAACGAUUUGUAUCGUCUGCUGAAAAAGUACACCGGUCUAAGGAACUUGAUUCGAGAGCUGAAGUCCGAGUAUGGCAACUCCAAAAUCUACCCAAUCUUCCCCCGGUACACGAUGCUGAAGGAUAUGAUCAAGGACAUUAUGCACGAUCCGGACUAUAUGGAGGUUUGCCACGAGGUGGACAACUGAAAUCACCAGAAAUAAAACCCGCUCGUCAUCGAAUCGAACGUCUAACCGUAGACUCUCAUUGCGAUGAAGGGCGAGUUUUAUGGGCUG